AUGAAGGUUGUCGAACUAGAUACAACGGUAGCAGAACUUCACACCACCCAUGGUGUUGAAUGGCCGCUGGCCGUCGAUCUUUACCACACCUAUACACAUAUCGACCUGCAUGACCACUUCAAGCGCGAAACGCGGUUUAUCGAAGAUGAGGACCCCGAGGUCUAUUACCAAGGCGACGGGAACUUUUCGCGGUUCAGACAAUGGGCGCUAUGUUUCAAAACCAUCCGCUUUCUUCCAAUGGUCGGGCCGGGCCUCGUCAUUCUCCAUGUGCCUCAGGAUUUCAGGAAGAAUAUCGAGCGGGCAUUGAGUCAAUUUCCAGAACGUCAGCACCCUAUCGUUCAGUACAUCGACUUAGACAGCUCGAACUUCGAAGUGGAUCGUCAAUCUGCUUUACAAGGUAGGAAGCUGGUAUACUGGCGGCCUAAAUCUUGGAUGUCGAAGGAAUUCUCCUUGGUGGCACCUGAAGUCUCAUACGAAUUGAAUGACAAACGAUUUCUGAGCCAUCCUGGAAUUCCAACACCAACCAUGGAGAUCAUUCAACUGGCGCAGCCAAAGCAGCAAGAGUACCUGGCCCGCCGUCCCCUGCCCUUUGUGGUCAAAUUCUGCCGCUGCAGCUCUGGACAAGGAACAUUUAUUGUGACCACAGAGGAAGCCAGGCAUCAGAUGCUGGAUGCUGUGAGCCGAUAUGUCACACGAGGAGGAGAAGAGGUUCAACUUUCGGAGUUGGUCCGCUCCCAGAGACCUCACUACGGGGUGAACUUCUUCGUUGAUGACAACGAAACCACAGAGCCAGAGUUCUUGGGCGCCACAGAGCAAGUCAGCACCCAGGAUGGCGUUUGGGUAGGAGGAAUCAUUGACUAUAACGAGCAAGGGGAUCUAGAGAGGUCACUAAGAGACACGAUGUCCGCUGUGGCGCAUUCCCUUCGACAGUCUUCGUACAUAGGCUGGGUUGGCAUUGAUGUCAUCUUUGAUCAUCAUGACCGACCGCUGGUGGUGGAUUUGAAUGCUCGCAUGGCAGGAGGGAUAGCCUUGAGUCUUUUUUCCAAGCACUUUUUGUCACUUGGUCUUCCUCUAGCUCAGGUUGACACCGUGUCAUUUGCUGGCCCUGCCUCGAGGAUCUACGACAUUCUAUCCGCAAAGAUCGAGUCGGGACAAAUCAUUGUUACUCUUGCAAUGGAGAUCUCCGAUGCAGACUCUAUGGCCUCGGUGGUCUUCGGGGGUCAGACUCGGGAUGACUUGACCACUACUCAUCAGUGGAUUAAGGAUAGGCUGUUAACCAGUCUCAACUGA